GCAGCAGCGGCGCUCCGCCCCGGGGGCGGGGCGCCGGCGGCGCGGGGCAGCGGGAGGUCAUGGCGCUGUCACGCGCGGAGCGGUGUCUGGUGCUGCUGCUGCGGCUGCUCUCGCGCGCCUGCCUGGCGCUGCUGGGACUCGCGUCCCUCGCGCCGCCGCGCGCCCGUCCCGCGCCGCCGCGCGCCGUCCCUCCACCGCGCCACCCGCUGCUGCUGCUGCCCGCCCGCCGGCUGGCGGCGCGGCUCCGCCACCGGGAGGUGACGUGCGUCGAGGUGGUUGAGGCGUACGUGGAGAGGAUCAAGGAGGUCAAUCCCCUCAUCAACGCCGUCGUUAAGGACAGGUUUGAGGAGGCCCUGCAGGAAGCCCGGCAGGUAGAUAAGCUGCUUUCGGAGGCCCCUGGCGAUGACUACCUGGAGGAGAAGUUCCCCUUGUUAGGGGUUCCCAUCACCGUCAAGGAGGCAUUUUCUCUGCAUGGGAUGCCCAACACAUCUGGCUUGGUGAACCGCCGCAAUGUGAUUGCCAGCUCAGAUGCCACGGUGGUGUCCCGGCUUAAGCAGGCCGGUGCCAUCCCACUGGGCGUGACCAACUGCAGCGAGCUGUGCAUGUGGUACGAGUCCAGCAACAGGGUCUACGGCCGGACCAACAACCCCUAUGAUCUGCAGAGGAUUGUGGGCGGCAGCUCAGGUGGGGAGGGUGGUGUCCUGGCAGCUGCCUGCUCAGUCAUAGGUGUGGGCUCGGACAUCGGUGGCAGCAUCCGGAUGCCUGCCUUCUUCAACGGCGUCUUCGGCCAUAAACCCACAACAGGGGUGGUGCCCAAUGACGGCCAGUUCCCAAAUGCCCGAGGGGUGCGGGCCAGCUUCCUGUGCACGGGGCCCAUGUGCCGCUACGCGGAGGAUCUGGAACCUGUGCUGAGGGUCAUGGCCGGUCCCGGAGUCAACAAACUGAAGCUGGAUGAAAAGGUGUCGCUGGAGAAAAUAAAAUUUCACUGCAUGGAUCAUGACGGCGGGUCCGUUUUUGUGUCACCUGUGGACAAGGAGAUCUUGCAGGCCCAAAAGAAGGUGGUGGAGCACCUCGAAGGCGAGCUGGGGAUCCAAGUUCGGCGUGUGGCAAUCCACAAGAUGAAGUAUUCUUUCCAGAUCUGGUCAGCCAUGAUGUCAUCCAAAGAAAGCGAUGGGCAGGAGGCGCAACUAUUCACAGACCUGCUGGGAGAUCACGGGAAGCCGGUGUGGCCACUGUGGGAGCUGAUGAAGUGGCUUGUGGGGAUGUCUUCCCACACUCUUCCAGCUAUUGCCUUGGGGCUGACAGAGAAGCUGAUGAAACUCGGCCUCAGUGGGAAUGCCAAGCUGGUGAGCAUGGGGAAGAGCCUGCAGGAGGAGAUGGAGGCCCUGCUGGGGACGGAUGGGGUGCUCCUCUACCCCUCCCAUCCCACCAUAGCUCCCAAGCACCACUCCCCCAUAUGCAUGCCCUUUAACUUCGCCUACACAGCUAUCUUCAACGUCCUGGGCUUGCCGGUGACGCAGUGCCCGCUGGGCCUGAGCAGUGAGGGCCUGCCGCUGGGCAUCCAGCUGGUGGCAGCCUCCUACAACGACCACCUGACACUGGCGGUAGCCCGGUAUCUGGAGAAGGCCUUUGGAGGAUGGGCUUUACCUGGGAAAGUUUAGCCUGGGCUCCUGGCACUGCAGAGAGGCAGAGAUGGAGAUGGUGGUGCCAGGUGAGGCAGCAGCAGGCACUGAUGCCCGAUGCCGUCAUGUCACUGCCUGCUCCCUCCACACCCUGCCUUGUGCCCUCCUGGGAGCAGCCGGCGGUGAUUCCAGCCCCUGGGGAAGCUAGGCUGUUGCCACUGGAGUCAUUCCCUGCAGCACCCUCUGCCAGGGGAGAGACCAGCCCUCCCUGUGGCCCCUCAGGAGCCCUGCCUGCCCAUGUCCUGCCUGUGGUGGGCAUCUGUGUUCUAGGCGCAGAGAUGGCCAUCUCUCUCUAAUGCUUGCUGCUUUGAAGACGCUGGGUGAAGGCUGGGCAGAGGAACUGCUGCCAGACUGCCUGGGGAUGACCGCCCAGCACCACUCUCAGGGCUGCCUGGGUGCAUCCAUCUUCCUUGGCUUUAUCCUCCCCACAGGGCUGGGACUGCACCUGGUGCACUGCAGGCUUAUCGGCCCCUGCAGCCUCCCUGAGCUGCCACAGGGUUUCCCCCACCCUCUAACCAAAAAGGGAGAGGGGCUGAGGGUGCCGGAGGAGCUGUAUGCUUGUCUCACCAGCAGUGCUUUGUGGGGUGGAUGGUGCUGGGCUCUGCCUGGUGCGGAGCUGACUGGCAAGGGACAAGGAGCUUUUGCUCUUGUGAGCUUUUGACAGCUCUGGAAGAGCUCUUUAAAUGCUCCUCUCCAAGUGCUGAGACAUCUAAACCAUCCCUGCCAGUGUUUUCUUCCCCUUUGCCCUAGGGGUGAUCACCCAGCCUGAUUGGCGUCCUCUGGCCCUGCCACCCACCCUCUUGAGCUGCCUGGCCUCUCUGCCCCCGUGAGCAGAUGCCGGCAGAAACCUGGGCAGCUGGCGGUUCUUUGGGCGGGCAACAAGCACAAGAUGUUCUGAGUGAGGGUGGUAUUAAAAAGAGUCUGUCCA